UCCUCCUCCCCUCAGGAAGUAAAGUCCACUGGCAGGAGCGCCUACAUUGGCUCUCACUCUGGGCUCUUACAGUGCUUGCUUGUUUUCACAGUGGAGCAGAAUGUAAUGCCUUAGAAAAACAGCAACAUUCUGGAAAAUUGUAUCAUUUAUUUUUCUUCCCAGAUUGCCUCAAGACUGUGGGGGACUCCCUUGCUGAACACCGCAUCAAAGGGAUCUUCUGCCUUUAACACAAACGAAGCAUCAUGCUGAAGAGGGAGAAGGUCCGACGUUACACGAAACCCCUGGAUGGAGGCUGGGGAUGGAUGGUUGUGUUUCAUUUCUUCCUGGUCAAUGUGUUUGUGAUGGGGAUGACCAAGACUUUUGCAAUCUUCUUUGUGGUUUUUCAAGAAGAGUUUGAAGGCACCUCUGAGCAAAUUGGUUGGAUUGGAUCAAUCAUGUCGUCACUUCGUUUUUCUGCAGGUCCCCUAGCUGCCAUUAUUUACGACAUAAUUGGAGCGAAAACUGCCUCAAUUUUGGGGGCUCUCCUUGUGACUGGUGGAUAUCUGAUCAGCAGCUGGGCCACAAGCAUUCCCUUCCUCUGUGUGACUAUGGGAUUUUUACCUGGUUUGGGUUCUGCUUUCUUGUACCACAUGGCUACCGUGGUAACUACAAAAUACUUCAAAAAACGAUUAGCUUUUGCUACAGCGAUUGCCCGUUCAGGGAUGGGACUGACGUUUCUGUUAGCGCCCUUUACAAAAGUCCUGUUAGAUCGCUAUGACUGGACAGGUACGCUUGUAUUAUUUGGAGCUAUCGCAUUGCAUUUGGUGCCUUCUAGUAUGCUCUUAAGACCCACAGAUAUCAAAAGCGAGCACGAUUCUGACGAAGAUAAAGGUAGCAGUUUGUCUGCAAGUGGCCCAGAGGCAGCACACGGGAGAGAAACAUCGUGCUGCAGCGAGAUUCAAGAGUCUACCAGGGGAGACAGUACUAUGCAGAAGGCUGGACAACCUGAUGCACAGUUCACAGUCUCACAAAACCACAAUGAAGAGUUCAAUAAAGGACCUAACAGGAACAGACUAAUCCUAAGAACUAAUGAAGAAAACUAUGAGAAAGAGGCUAGUUCAUGGAGGUGCAAACAAAAGCUCUUCUAUAUUUCUCUUCUUAAGAAUCCUUUCUUCUACAUAUUUACAUGGUCUCUUCUCCUCAGUCAGCUGGCCUAUUUCAUCCCUACCUUUCACCUGGUAGCCAGAGCCAAAACCCUGGGGAUCGACAUGAUGGAUGCAUCCUACCUCGUUUCUGCAGCUGGUAUCAUUGAGUCAGUCGGUCAGCUUGUCUCUGGAUGGGUUGCUGAUCAAAACUGGAUCGCCAAGUAUCAUUACCACAAGUCUUACCUCAUCCUCUGCGGCAUCAUUAACCUGCUUGCUCCUUUAGCCACCACAUUUCCACUACUUAUGACCUAUACCAUCUUCUUUGCCAUUUUCUCCGGUGGUUACCUGGCAUUGAUACUUCCUGUACUGGUUGAUCUGUCCGGGAAUUUUAUGGUACACAGAUUUUUGGGUUUUGCCUCUUUCUUUGCUGGGAUGGCUGUUCUUUCUGGACCACCUCUGGCAGGCUGGUUACAUGAUUAUACCCAGACAUACACUGGCUCCUUCUACCUCUCGGGCGCAUGCUACCUACUCUCUUCAGUGUCCUUUUUCUUUGUGCCACUGGCUGAGCAAUGGAGAAACAGAAAGAGAGAGGACUGCAAUCAAGUGAGUGCUUAACAAAAGAAAAUCUAAACUAAUAAGUCACUGAAAACAGAAGCAUGGAAGUAAAGUUCCCUCAUUUGUAAAAUGAGAGUGUAAACCAUUUUGCUUUAGCAUUCUGAGGAAUGUGUAACUGGCAGGAAAUCGGUGAAAGCAACUGCUUUAGAUAUUAAUGAAAAUCAGAAUGUACUGUAAUAAUAAAUUAACCAAACUCUCAAUUGUGUCCUGGUAAUUCAGUCACUAAAAUACGUGAAGAUGGAAAACAUUUCCUUGAAUUUAAAGCAGCAUUAAACAGAGCCACCGAACUCUGGAAUCUGAAUAUUAAAACGCUGUUUAGCGACUGGCAUGGUGUACACCCUCCCCAAAUAGUUGAUCUUUGCUUAUUAA